CUUCACUGAGGAAGAAUGGAGAGAACUAGACCCUGUGCAGAGAGUCUUGUACAGGGAUGUAAUGCUGGAGAACUACAGGAACCUGGUCUCCUUGGGUAAGGUUGGGUCCUCACCUCAGAUUUGGAGACCAGAAAAUUAAGCCCAAAGAAUGUAUUUUCUGAAGAAGAAUCAUACCAGGGGAUAAGUAUGGAGAAAAACACAGAGGCUGAUGCAAGUUUGAAAGAAGCCUGGGGAUAUACAGAGUUCAGAGAGGAUGCUCAAGAUAGACUCUGGAAAGAAGCAAUGGUUAUCUUCAAGAAAAGAACUUCUGUAGCUGAGAGUAACCCCAAAUGUAUUGAAUCUGGCAGACGUGUUAGUCCAAAGUCAGACUUUGUUACACAAUCAAGACAUCCUAAAGAAGAGAGACCAUAUAUAUGUGAUGCUCAGGGAAAGAUCUUUAAACAGAAUUCAAAAUUAGCAAGACAUCAGAAAGAUAGCACAAAUGAGAAAGCUCUUCAGUGUAAUGAAUGUAGUAAACUACUCAGUGAUCACUCAGUAUAUGUGCAACAUUGUAUAGCUCAUAGUGGAGAAAAAAAAUUGGAAUGUAAUCAGUAUGGGAAGACCUUUGGCCAUGGCAUACACCACACUGAACAUGAGAAAACCAAUAUUGGAGAGAAGUCUUACGAAGAUAGGAAAGGCUAUAUCUGGGACUCGUACCUUACCAAACAUCGUCAGAGUGUUCAUGGUGGGAAGGAAUAUAAUGUGCAUGAAAGAGCCUUAAUUCAGAAUGCACCUCUUAUUCAGCAUCAGAGAACCCAAUACAGAGAGAAACCUUAUGAAUGUAGUAAAUGUAGAAAAGCUUUUGGUAAUUAUUCAGCCCUUACAGUACAUCAGAGAAUUCAUACUGGAGAGAAACCAUAUGAAUGCAAUGAAUGUGGGAGAGCCUUUAAUCAUAGUGCCUCUCUUAUUCAACAUCAGAGAAUCCAUACUGGAGAGAAGCCCCAUGAAUGUAAUGAAUGUGGGAAGGCUUUUAUUAAGAUAACACACUUUAUUCAACAUCAGCGAAUUCAUACUGGAGAGAAACCUUUUGAAUGUAACGAAUGUGGUAAAGCCUUCAGUCACAAUUCAUCCCGUAUUGAACAUCAGUUUAUUCAUACUGGAGAGAAGCCCUAUGAAUGCAGUAAAUGUGGGAAAGCCUUUAGCCACAACUCGUCCCUUAUCGUCCAUCAGUUUAUUCACACUGGAGAGAAACCCUAUGAAUGUAGUGAAUGUGGCAAGGUCUUUAGUCACUCACACCUCUAUCAACAUCAGAGAACUCACACUGGAGAGAAACCUUAUACCUGUAAUGUCUGUGGGAAAGCCUUUAGUGAUCGAUCGGCCCUUAUUCGCCAUCAGAGAACUCAUACUGGAGAAAAACCCUACACGUGUAGGGAAUGUGGUAAAGUUUUCAGUCAGAGCUCAACUCUCAUAAAACAUACAAAAAUCCACACAGGAGAGAAACCUUACACCUGUAAAGAUUGUGGGAAAGCGUUCAGCCAGAGUUCGUCUCUUACUCAGCAUCAGAAGAUUCAUACUGGAGAGAAACCGUUUGAUUGUCCUGAGUGUGGGAAAGCCUUCAGCAGAAGUGCCCAUCUUGCUCAACAUCAGAGGAUUCACACUGGAGAGAAACCCUGUGAGUGUAAUGAAUGUGGGAGAGCUUUCAGGUGUAGUUCAGCCCUCAUUAGGCAUGAAAGACUUCAUAGUGGAGAAUCACUCUGAACGUGUCAUCCAGACUCUUCACUUUGUUAAAUACCAAAGAAUCAUACUCUCAUGGGUUAUUAUAAUUGUGAUCCUUUUUUUUUUUUCCAAAUGCUGAAAAUGCUCCCAUUUCCUCCUGCAAAGAAUUAGCUGCCAGAAUACCACAAAUCCACAGGAGAAACGCUGGUCUGAAACCUGGAGUAGCCCAAGAGACUCCAACCAUCAGACUUUCUGUGUGUGCGUGUAUGUGUGUAUUUUCAUCUGUACCUGAAAAUGACUAAUGUCACCAGGAAGUGAUUUUUUUUUUUUCCCCUGGCCCCAGGGAUAGGCUGUUCCAACACGCAAAGGAGUUCUAGUUCAGAUUUGAGCCCGUUGCUCCUCCUUGUACUGACUGGAAUACUGCCGUGUCCAAGUUCAAUCGACUCAUGGUGGAUCAUAUUCAGCGACCUUUCUAUGAAUCUUUGCCUUACUAUACAAUUAUUCCUACCCCUAGCAAUACUGUCCUCACUAAAAGGGCUCCUUUGAACUCUCCCUUCUCACUGACUUUCCUAUCCUUCUACUUAAAGUGCUUAUAUAGUGUUAGCUACAGCUUCAAGUUCAACAGGGCUUGAGUUUCAGAGCUGAAAAGCACAACUGAAGAUAGAGAAAAAAAAGGAUAUUUUGUUCCGAAAAUUGUAAGACAAAAUACUCUGAUGGAAUGGUGACAUCUGGAAAUAAUCAUUGAAAUACAUGAAUUUUUUAGUACUUUCAGAAAUUCCAGGUGGGGGAAAAGAGUCCUCCAUAACAGUAUCUGUUAUUAGAAACCGAGCCCUUAAAAUAAUGUUCAAUAACCCCUUAGGUAGCAAGGUCCUUUCAAAAGCUCUUCUUUGGAGCCAGUGGUUUGGAUUGUGGAGAAACAUUUGCCCUACCUCCAGAGGCCUCAUCAUAGAUAAUCUGGUUUAGAACAAGUUUAUAUUGUUAAAACAAAUUUAUGUGGUUAAAACUACUCAUGGUUGACUUACUUGUGUUGAAUAAAGGGAAAAUGAAUAUA